GGCAACAUCCUACCCAAAACCCAGAGUGAGCAAGCAUGCUACAUUCAGACAUCACUUAACUGGAGCGUGAGUUCUACCACAGAUUAACUGGUGGAGUCAUCGGGAGACAUAACAGUGUUCAUUUUCAAUCACACAGAAAUAAACUCUCCUUGCUGCCAUGGGGGAUAGAUGGAUACAAUUCCUCUCAUCUCUAUCGCUUCUCUUUCUCCUGGAAUGGACGCAAAUAUCAUCUUUCAACCUGGACACAGAAAACGUCCUGAUAAAGAAUGGAGAGCCCGGGAGUCUUUUCGGCUUCUCUCUCGCCAUGCACCGACAGUUAGCUCCGGUGGAUAAGAUCAUGUUGCUUGUUGGUGCUCCGAGGGCCAAAGCUCUGGGAGGUCAGAUGUCAAAGGUCACAGGAGGACUCUACAACUGUGACACCACUUCCUCCAGCUGUAACCGCGUGGAGUUUGACAACAAGGAGGACCUGAAAACUGAGAGCAAGGAGAACCAGUGGAUGGGUGUAACAGUGAACAGCCAGGGACCAGGAGGAAAGAUUGUGACGUGUGCCCACCGCUACCAGCUGCGUCAGUUUGUGAACACGCCCCAGGAGUCUCGUGACAUCACAGGAAGGUGUUAUGUGCUGAGCCAGGACCUGACAAUCAAAGAUCAUGAGGAUGGAGGGUUCUGGAGGUUCUGUGAGGGGCGGGCACGCGGGCAUGAGAGGUUUGGCUCAUGCCAACAGGGUCUGUCUGCCACCUUCACUAGGGACUAUGAAUACCUAGUGUUUGGAGCUCCUGGAGCGUAUGACUGGAAAGGUAUGGUGAGAGUAGAGCAUAAGAACAACACUCUGUUGGAGAUGCGUUCGUAUAAAGACGGGCCCUAUGAGGUGGGCGAUGAGAACCAGUUAAACCCAGACCUGGUCCCUGUGCCCCCUAACAGCUACCUGGGCUUUUCUUUGGACUCAGGGAAGGCCAUCACUAAGAAGGGUCAGCUGACAGUGGUUGCAGGCGCUCCGAGAGCCCAUCACAGCGGAGAGGUGGUGUUGCUAAAGAAGGAGUCCGAUGAGUCCUCCAUGCUGUCACCAGAGUACAUCCUGGAAGGGGAGGGGUUAGCCUCAUCGUUCGGCUACGACCUCACUGUGGUGGAUCUCACUGGAGACGGGUGGCAGGAUAUCGUGGUGGGAGCCCCUCAGUUCUUUGAGAAAGAUGGAAAGGUGGGCGGAGCUAUUUAUGCCUAUAUUAACAAGGGCGGAGUCUGGAGUAAGCUCACACCCACCAGGAUAGACGGACCUCAGGACUCCAUGUUCGGACUGGCUGUAGAAAACCUGGGAGAUCUCAACCUGGACGGUUAUCAGGACAUUGCUGUGGGAGCACCAUAUGAUGACAGUGGGUCAGGGAAGGUGUUCAUCUACCACGGCUCAGCUCAGGGCAUCAACAUCAAACCGGCACAGGUGUUGUCAGGGGUGCCAUCGAAGACGAGGUUGUUCGGUUAUUCUCUAGCUGGUAACAUGGACCUGGACAGGAACUCCUACCCUGACCUGGCCGUAGGGUCCCUCUCCGACUCUGUGUUUGUCUACCGAGCUCGGCCAGUCAUCAAUAUCCAGAAGGUUGUCAAGACAAUGCCAAAGGAGAUUGAUCUAACUAAGAAGAACUGUGGCAACAACAUUUGCUUGGAGGUAGAGGCCUGUUUCUCCUACACAGCCAACCCCAAAUCCUACAACCCCAAACUGACGGUGGCAUAUUCCUUUGAAGCGGAUGCGGAGCGUAGGAAGAAGGGUCUUCCCCCCAGAGUGACUUUCACCACACGUUCCAGCGAGGACCAUGACUACGAGUCCACUGGUGUUCUCACCCUCAGUGCACAGGGCAAGAUGGAGUGUAUCACUGCCAAACUCACUCUACAGGAGAACAUUAAGGACAAGCUUAGGGGAAUCCCCAUUGAGGUUGCUGUGGAGAUACAGAACCCCAAAAGGAAGAGAAGAGCGCUCCCAGGGCUCACACCCAUCCUCGACUCCAACCAGCCUAUCACGGCCAUUGCUGAGGUGAGUUUCCUGAAGGAAGGAUGUGGCAGUGAUAAUUUGUGUCAGAGUAAUUUACAGCUUCAGCACCGCUUCGGCUACAGAGAACCCAACAAGGACAUCUUCCAUCUACUACCUAUGGAGAAUGGGGUGCCAGUGGUCUCCCUUAGCGACCAGAAGGACAUCGCCCUAGAGAUCACAGUGACCAAUAAGAAUGGAGAUGAUGCUCAUGAGGCAGCAUUGGUUGCCUCCUUCCCCUCCUCUCUCUCCUACUCCGCCUCCUACUCUGCACCCAAGGCAGACAGGCAGGUGUCCUGUGUGGCCAAUAAGAAUGGCUCUCAGGCAGACUGUGAGCUGGGGAACCCCUUCAAGCGAGACUCAGAGGUAACGUUCUACAUAAUCCUGAGUACAGCAGGCAUCUCUCUGAACACCACAGAGCUGGAGAUAGACCUGAAGCUGGAGACGACAAGUGACCAGCAGAAGGUGGGCAGAGUCAAGGCCAAGGCCAAAGUGGUGAUCGAGCUGCAGCUGUCCCUCACAGGAGUGGCCAAGCCCUCCCAGGUCUAUUUCACUGGAGAGGUCAAAGGUGAGAGCGACAUGAAGUCAGAGGGAGACAUCGGCAGCCCGAUCGAGUAUGAGUUCAGGGUGAUCAACCUAGGGAAGCCCCUGAAGACCUAUGGCACCGCCUCCCUGAUCAUCAAUUGGCCGAAAGAAACUAUGGAGGGGAAGUGGAUCCUGUACCUGGUGAAGAUGGACUCCCAAGGUCUGGAACCGACCACAUGCUCUCCAGAGAGAGAGAUCAACCCACUCCCUGUCAAAGAGGAGAGUAGGAGUAGCAGGAGGAGGCGAGCUGUAGGGGAGACUGACAAACCUGAGGGAACCAUCGCACUGCUGACUGACAAAAGGAAAUACACUACUCUGUCGUGUGAGGAUGGGGCAAAGUGUGUGGAGAUUCACUGCUCCCUACAGGGCCUGGACAGUAAUGCAGUCAUCCUGCUCAGAUCUCGCCUCUGGAACAGCACAUUCCUGGAGGAGUACUCUAAGCUGAACUAUCUGGACGUGAUAGUGAAAGCCUCUCUCAGAGUGGACGGAGCAGCUAAAAACAUGGUCCUGAGGAACGCUGAGACACAGGUGAGAGUGACGGUGUUCCCGGAGCGUCGUGUGGCUCAGUACGGAGGACUGCCAUGGUGGAUCAUCCUGGUGGCCAUCUUGUUAGGACUUUUGCUGCUCGGCCUGCUGGUCUUCCUGCUCUGGAAGUGUGGUUUCUUCGGGAAGAAGAAAGAGGAUGCCCCACCCUCUGACAAAGAGAGAUUGACGCCGUCCGAUGCAUAAAGAGAGAAAGAGAGAGAAAGAAGCUGUCAGUCUCUGGGGUGAACACAUCUAGACUCAUCUUCAGUGUACAUGCCUGGUGGGGCACAGAGUGGCAUGAAGGAUGGACGGGCCCAGUGGAACAGUGCAGACUAACUCUAUCGCAGGAGAGGAAAACGCUUUUAAUAAAAGACUGGCAGUAAAAGGCUCAGCGCUAUGAAAUCAAAUGCAAUGCUAUGAUGAUGACUACUAUGAUGAUGACUACUAUGAUGAUGGAAUGAAAUGUCAAGAGCUCAGCUUAUAAGUUUCUGUAGAAAGCACUUCAUGUUUCUGCUUGGAAAUAUCCUUCUUUCCAACUGUUAUGGCUGAGUUAUGGACUCUCUACAUGCAUGGCCAUCCCGGAUUGAUGCUUUGGUUGAAAAUCAUUAUGAAAUGCUCAUCUAUCACUCCAAAGACCCUGCAGCUCUCUCUCUCCAUCUCUGGUUUCUGGUUCUUUGGUUAAUAUAGGAACUUCAAGCACUUCCUUUUCCUCUCUCAAGGCUCCUCGACUGCUCUCAUUCUGGUUUUAUAGCAUCUUUCUGUUUGUAGGACUAUUGGCGACUCUGUAAAAGCACUUGCAGUGCCAUACUUAAAGGGAUAGUUCACCCCUAAAUCAACCUUUCUCAUACGCUUUCAUAUUUUGAAUUCAUAGAUUCAGUUUGGGGAAUGAACUAUUCCUGUAAUGACGGUGAGAGGUUUAAUUAAUUCUUCAAAUACGACAUCAUCGUGUUCCCAGCUACAACGCGUUGCAGAUAAAAAAUAAGGAGAAAGACCAACUGGAAAUCCUGGAAAUGAAAGCCUGCUGGAAUGAGAAUGAGUUACUUUUAAUGAUGGCAGAAUGCUGGAUCUCCCAUUCCCACAGACAUUCCCAGAGACACAGAAUUCCUACCUAACAUUCCACAGUCUUCCUCUAACCAUUCCAAGGCUUGUCUCCGCAGUGUGGAUAUUUGAUUGGACAUAGAAAUACAAAAGGAUUGUCAAAAAGCUUUAUUUGUGGACUUUAAAGAGGGAUGAUGAUGCUACAAUAGCAGUUUAGACAAGGUAAAAUAAGACACUUGAUCAAAUUGUUCCUUUUUGGGGAUUUAUUAAGUAUUAUCUUGUCUGAUUUUAUUUUAUCUUGAUAGUGACAUCCAUGUUGAUCACUGGACAGAAAUAGUUUUUUUUGUGUUCUUGUACAUCAAGAAUCCCAGUUGUCUCUCUUUCAGAGCUCUGGACAAUGUUUUGUAAAUGUACGCCUAUGGUAUAGGCUGGAGGGUUUUUGUAUACAAUCUUUAAGAUGUUUAAUUCUUUAGAGUCUAAGACAUUGGGGGGGGGGGGAUAAACUGACAUGGAAUUGCUUUAAGAUGGCCAUACUAUGGAUCAUUUAGCUAUUUGAUUUAGAGUUUUAAAAUAUAUAUAUAUAUUAAAAAAAGUUUGAUAAAAUAUAUAUUUAUAACAAAACUAUUUGAUAAAAUAUAGAUUUUGUCCUUUACUACUAAAGCCCAUAGAAACGCAUUGAAUAACACAUUCAUUAAUGGCAAAAAGUACAGUCAAAAUAUAAUGAGAAACAAGGUUUUGAAGUGUCUGUCCUAAAUCUAGGAGGUAUUAAAAACAAACUCAGAA